UCACGCUCGUCGUCGAUUGGGAGCAACGUGCGCGCCGGUUUCACGUAAUUUUCCACCGGGAUUUCAUAAUUAUUGUUAAUAACCGAAGAAAUAGUGGUUUUUUACGAUUUCUUCGGAUCGUUAAUUCAUCGAUUAACCGGGAAUAAUGGCGCAGAGUAAGUUGAAUGACUUGGCUGGACGAUUCAGCAAGACUCCCGGGGGCAUGAACAUGGGGUUCAAGUUCCUGGCGGCCGCUGGAGCUGCUGUCUAUGGGGUUUCUCAGUCCAUGUACACAGUUGAUGGUGGUCAUCGUGCCAUAAUCUUUUCCCGCUUGGGAGGAAUCCAGAAGGACAUAUUCACAGAGGGACUGCACUUCCGAAUCCCCUGGUUCCAGUAUCCAAUUAUCUAUGACAUCAGAAGCAGACCGAGAAAAAUCUCAUCACCAACAGGUUCCAAGGAUCUGCAGAUGGUUAACAUCUCACUGAGGGUUCUCUCACGUCCGGACGCCAGCAUGUUGCCGACUAUGUACCGACAGUUGGGUCAGGAUUACGACGAAAAGGUCUUGCCCAGCAUCUGCAAUGAAGUCCUGAAGUCAGUUGUCGCCAAGUUCAAUGCAUCCCAGCUGAUCACAAUGCGUCAGCAAGUGUCAACACUUGUGAGGAAAGAAUUGACGGAGAGAGCUAAAGAUUGGAAUAUUGUGCUGGAUGAUGUGUCAAUUACUGAGUUGAGUUUUGGAAAGGAGUACACAGCUGCUGUGGAGGCUAAACAGGUGGCCCAGCAGGAGGCCCAACGUGCUGCAUUUGUCGUUGAACGUGCCAAACAGGAGAAACAGCAGAAGAUUGUGCAGGCAGAGGGAGAGGCUGAAGCUGCCAAGAUGUUGGGUCUAGCAGUCUCCCAGAAUCCAGGAUACCUGAAACUUCGAAAAUUACGUGCUGCACAAAGUAUUUCUCGCACGAUUGCUACUUCCCAAAACCGAGUAUACCUCAAUGGAAAUAAUCUCAUGCUGAACAUCCAGGAUCCAUCGUUCGACGUUGCAUCAGAAAAAUUGAAAAGUAACGAAGAAAAGCGCCCAAAUUUAUUGGAAAAUGCCGUCACGAGCAGUUUUAAAUUGACCGAAAAAUCCAGGGAUCAAUCGAUAAAAUUUGAUAGUUCAACUGAUACGAAUGAAGAGAAUCCCCUGCAAUCCCCGGAUGUCCUGGGAUUGGCAUCUCACAGUGCCAAGCGGAUCCUUUCGUGAAUAAAUAAUCGUAAACAAUUAUUUUUGUAAUGAAAUGUGCGAGCCUGCCUUGUCUCAUUUUUUAUUUUCCGUUUCUUCCAACUGAAUAGAUGAUUCCACAGUUGUAAAUUAAUCGUCCAGUGUCGAGAAUACCCAAUUAUAAACCAUGAAAAAAAUGAAAAACGAAAUGUAGACGUAGAAAUCAGCUUUUAAAUCGAGAAAAAAUACUCCACAU